AUGGUAUUCUGCGGCAAACCGAGUAAAGGUUGCGGUGAAUGCCGAUCUCGCAAGAUCCGUUGCGAUCAAGGCCGGCCGAGUUGCUCGCAGUGCGCUAAGGGGAACCGGGCCUGCCCCGGCUACCGGGAUGAGUUGUCACUUAUGUUUCGGGAUGAGAGCCAGCAGGUUGUACGGAAGGCAAGGAAUGGCUCCUCGUCACGGCGCACAAAGAGGACGACAGCUGCCUCUAAGAAGAAGGAACAUGCCGUCGCCGCGUCCAACAAGAAAUCCCCCGGCGUCGUGCCAGAGUCGCACAGCAGCAGCAGCCGCAGUCCGGACGCAUCCUCAUUUGUCGGCAAAGCGAAUACGCCGACACAAUCAUCGCCAUCGGUGCCGUCAGUAUACACUGGCAGUGACAUCAUUGACUUCAACGACGGCAUCGAAGAGGUGAAGCUCAUCAACGAGGAACAACUUCAUCUUCAACAACUAGCAAACGAGCCCUGGAAUGUACAGCCCUCAUGGCAACUUACUGUGAAUGAAGCCGUCAGCUACUUUCUUUGGCAUAAUGUAUGGCCCGGGGAGAUGUUUAUGGUGAACUUCAAACUCAAGUCGCCGGGGCAUCCGAGCGCUACUUUGAGCGAACAGGCUCAAAUGGCUGCACUUGUAUCCGUGGGAACUGCCAUGAUAGCUCGUGUGCGACGAACACCGGAUUUGGAUAGGGCUGCUGCGGAGAAAUAUGAACUUGCGACUACGCUUUUACUGCGGGCUAUGUCCAACGAGAAGGAAUCAAGAGCCAAUGCGACCCUGUCAGCGGUUCUAUUAAUGGCUAUCUACGAGGUGAUUACUAGCCGUUCAAUAAAGAGUAUCGAAAAGUGGACAAUGCAUAUAAUAGGAGCAACUGGAUUGCUCCAGUUGCGAGGGCCAGAGCACCUUCAGAGCGAGGAAGGGCUUAAGCUCUUUGUUCAGCUGAGAUUUCAGAUCAUCAUCAGCUGUCUUCAGAGAGGAAUGCAUGUGCCAAAGGAUCUAUUAGAAUGCAGCAAGAUUGCAAUGUACUUACGACCACAGAUAGACGCCUACUGCGAUCGUCUCAUAGUCAUAGCCGGGAAACUCUCCAACCUGCGAGCGGAUCUUAUCCGAACCAAGACCUUGACAGAUGCGAACGAAACAUUGUCCGCCGCAUACGCUAUCGAAGCAGAACUGCUGGCUUGGGUUGCGGCUGGUCCGCCCGACUUCUUGUACACAACGUACGAGUGCUCCUCGGUCGAGGAAUGGGUUAGGAUGUUUGGCAACAAACCCUUUCCCUACAAUAAUCAGUACCACGUCUACCGCGAUCUAUGGAUCUGCCAUACUUGGAAUCAAUAUAGGUGUGCACGGAUUAUUGUCUGUGAGAUCAUCAUAAGCUGUUUCCGUCGGCUGUCGGCAUUCUCUCCGACGAUGGCCAUGUCCAAGGAGUUACAGAGUCACUGCGCCCGGAUUCGCAACGUUACGCGCGAACUGGCUAGCGACAUUUGCGCCAGUGCUGCAUACCAUCUGGGGGUAGAAGGAUCCACUGCAUCCGAGCUCACUGUUCCCACGAAUUAUUGCUACGUGGGCGGAAUGCUCCUCCUGUGGCCGUUAACACUGGCCGGAGGCACGGAACCUAUAGACCACCCACUUCGCAUGUGGACCCGCGAUUGUCUGCGGCUCAUCGGGCAAAGCAUUGGCAUCGACCAAGCCUUGGCCCUCAUUGAUGUUCUAGAAACGGAAGCGGGGGUGUUUGAAGGAUUAGAGGAGACAGAUUCUGGCAUAAUUUUCCCUGCCAGGGGCGAUGCAAGCGCUUUCAACCAGGUCUUGGUCCCAACGUGGAACAUUUAA